GACAUAAGAAUAUUCCCAUCUCUGCGGGAGGCGUCGAUCACACGAUGGUGUCUAUGAAGACGUAUUAUCAGACUGAUCUGCACUGGAAUCGCAUUCCGCAUUCACUUCUCUCUCCUCCUUGACCUCUCUUCCUGUCACAACAUUCUUAAAGGCCCACGCUAUAUCUUUGGAGAUGCACCUGAGGAAAAAUGAGUACUUCGAAGCUCGGGGCGGUGGCUCAGUGAUACACUCAUUCGCCUUGCGGUCGGAAUCAUCUGGGAACAGUUUACUUACAGUUAAUGGACGUGGUGAACUAGGAGCAGCGAGCAGUCUAACAUCAAAGGCGGGGUUGAAAGCUGGCUCCUCUCCGUCAAAUGGUGACAGUUGUAAUCUAAGCCCCUCUGGUAGAGGCUCUUUCAACUUCUGUGCUAAUCACAACGUUUCGGAGAAAAGAAACUUGACUACCGCCGGAAUUUUGUUUAGCGAUGGAGUCAAAGAAGACAGAGAUAACAUGGAUAUCGAUUCCACCAGCGACGUACCGCAGGAUAAAAUAUCGCCGACGAUGAUGAGAUUCAAGGAGCUGUCGAUAUCGAAGGAGGUAAACGAAACCCAUACGGAUGCGACACCAACGUCAGAGAUAUCUCAAAAGUUGGUGGGUGGGCCCGCUAAUCCAUCCACUGGAAAAGAGAACAGUACUGGGUUGGAUUCCCAAAACCGUGCACAAUUCAACGGUGGUCAGCACCUGUUGCCUGAUCACAACAUCGACGAUACUUCUGGCUACGGUUCUCUUGAUUCCAAUCGCAUCGGUAGUGGGAGUACUGGUGUCGGGGAUUUAGGUGCCAGGAUGAAUGUAAGUCCUCCGGUCCAGAAUAAUAACGAUGACAAGAACUCGGCUCGCGAUAUAAAACUCAAAGAUUCAUUGGGUAAUCAGGGUUCGCAGAGAAAUGGAGGCAUUGAUCAAUCUGGCCUCGACCCUCACACAUCUCCCAGCGAUUCUAGCAGCGAUGUCCCAGGCCACAAUGCAGGGAGUUCAGGCAAUGCGAGAGGAAUUGUCGAUUCCAUCAUCUACCCACUUGUUGAGGACCUACCAAACGUCAACACUCUCGGUAUCAGCGCUAACGGGAUAGCAUCUGAGGUUGCGGCAGGCAUAGAUCUGCGGAAUACUGGGAACGAUGGCCACGACUCAGGGCAUGAAAGCGAAAGUCCAGGAGGGUACUCCAGCGACGGCGAGAAGACUCAUCCUAGACAUGGGUCAUAUGAUAGGAAUAAUUCUCAGAAUGGAUCAGCGAGCGGUAGAGGUGGAAAUAGUAACGAGGGUGGCGGAGGUCAAGAUGGCCCUCCACAUAACUCUUCGGCUUCAUCUCCUCUGGUGACUCCAGCCACCAUUCCACAACCCACCAUCUCUCAGACGCGACCUGCUAUCGCGUCGGCGUCCACUGUAUCAGGUGACGGAUUCUCUGCGAAUACUAGUAGCUCUUCCCAACUUACAACUUCAAUCUUGACGAGUCCCGAGUCUUCGACUUCUAUAAAGACAUUACCCGGUAGUGUGAAUGGGACUAGUGCCAUUGAAGGACCCUCGCCUCCGCUGUUGACCUUCAUUUCGACGGACGCAAAAACAUACACCAGCACGAUCAGUGGAAGCCCCACUACCUCUCUCAGCAUCUUCACAACCACAGGUACAACCACCAUGCAAACUCGCACCGUUUGAUUGGUGGAAUUGUCGGGGGUAUAAUUGCCUUACUGACUCUCGUCGCCCUACCGUUAUUCUUAUUCGUUCGCAGACGACGUCGCUUGA